AUGUCACGCUACUUCCCACAUGCGGCGUAUGCAGAGGACCAGUCCCUCGCCCGCACGAUCCUGACCGUCCACGUGCUGGCCCGGGGCUACACCGCCGAUGCCGUAGUGGGUCUUGGAGUAUCCUCAGUCGGCGGGCUCUACACCCGGAUCCGCGGCCCCAAGGCAUCCGCUCCGGCCCCAGCCACCACAGCCCUGCGAUCUGCCCGUCUUCUCCGCUCGACGGGUACGGCCAGCGCCGUUGGCUUGGGGCUCAUGGGCAUCGCGCUCUUGGGGAGGAUGUGGGGGCGCAGCGACAUUGAGUGGCGCGAUCGUGCGUGGCGGCUGAUGGAGAACCAGGGGCAGCUGGAGACGGACGACUGGACGUACGGUGGUGCUGCUGCGGGACUUUUCGCCGCCGCCGCGACGCCACAGAUGAGGGCCGCUGGCGGGUGGAGAGCUGUUGCGGGAGCUGCGGGAUUGGGAAGCGUCGCAGGUACGGUGGGGUAUCUCGUUUGGAGGUAUGGCGUUCAUGACGGGAAGCAUUCCGAAUAUGCUGUUGUUGAGAAAGCUGCGCUGUCAAAUCUGUGA